AAAGCCCAGAUGCAUGAUCAUGUGCAUGCAUGUAGAGAGAGAGAGAGUGAGAGUGAGAGUGAUCCGUGAUGUAAACCCCUCGACACACUCCACCCUUGUUUUUUAUUCAGCAACAAGAAAAUGAUUUCACGUUCACUAACUGCACACAUCACCAAAACUCACCUAUCAGCUUUUCAAUCUCCUUCGCUUUACCAAAAUCUCCUCCUCCAAUCCACCACUUCAAUCCAUUCUCACUCACUCUCCUCUCCAUCCCCAUCCCAAGAUUCUGACUACCCCCAAACCCUCAACCAAAAAGACUGGCUAAGCCCAAACGAGGUUGUCAAGAUCUUCCAAACCCUGAAAAACCCUAAUUCAGCCCUAUCUGUAUUUACCCAGAUCUCAAACCGAAAAGACUAUAAACCCAAUGAAGCCCUUUACUCCGCGGUCAUCACCAAGCUUGCCCUAGCCAAGAACUUCGAUGCCAUCGAUGUUGUACUGGCAAGAAUCAAGUCUGAAAAGGGUCUUUGUAGAAUAUCUGAAACUUUCUUCUACAAUGUUAUCAAGAUUUAUGGCAAUGUGGCCGGCCGUGUGGACCGGGCAAUCGACACCCUUUUUGAUAUGCCAAACUACGGUUGCUGGCCUACUGUGAAAACAUUCAACUUUGUGCUGAAUUUGGUGGUGAAUUCGAAGCGAUUCGAUGUUGUUCAUGAGGUGUAUUUGGGUGGUUGUAAGUUGGGUAUUGAGAUUGAUGCUUGUUGUUUGAACAUUAUGAUUAAAGGGUUGUGUUGGCGUGGGGAUUUCGAUGCUGCAUUCAAGGUGCUCGAUGAAUUUCCCAAACAGAAGUGCAAGCCGAAUGUGAGGACUUAUUCUAUACUCAUGCAUGGGUUGUGUGACCGCGGUAAGGUCGAGGAAGCAUUUGGGUUGUUGGAGAGGAUGGAGAGGGAGAAUAUAGAACCAGAUACGAUCGCGUUUAAUAUCCUGAUUUCAGGUCUAAGGAAGCAAGGGAGAGUUGAUGAGGGGAUUGAGCUUUUGCAUAAGAUGAGGCUUAAAGGGUGUGGCCCAAAUCCGGCAACUUAUCAGGAGGUCUUGUAUGGUUUAAUCGAUGCCAAUAAGUCCGUUGAGGCAAAGGAUUUUAUGAGUCGGAUGAUAUCAGAGGGUGUGAGUCCGAGUUUUGAUUCUUUUAAGUCAAUAAUAAAGGGGCUUUGUAAAAAGAAUCUUAUGGGAGAUGUGGAUUGGGUUUUGAAGCAAAUGGUUCGGCAUGGAUUUGUGCCGAGGAGGGGAAUGUGGAAGCAGAUUAUCCGGUGCUUGUUCUCUGGGCAUGGUAGUUGUGCCUGUUUUCCUAUUGCAGAAAUUCUUGAAAACUAGGAUAAUGGAAGUGGUGAGAUUGUCGAUUGUGUUUUUAAUUAUGCUAGCCUGUCUUGAUACACUAUCCGUCAAAGCCAUUGCUAGGCACUUUAAGAACAGCUCAUAGUGGAUCAAGAUCUGGACUCAUCUCUGAUCAAGAUAUGGAACACAAGGACCCGGAACCUAAAAAUUCAUCCUUGCCGGGGGGUUGUCGUAAUCUAGCUUGGUUCAGUUUAGAUUCAAUAACCACAAGUAAGGACAAUGUAUGUGGUACAAGAUGUUGCUGCAUAAGUCAACCAUGAACAAGCCAGUGGUAUCUAUACCUAUCCGGCACACCUGCUGGUGGAAGCAGAAGAAUUUUAGGGCCUGUGUAUUAUUGUUUUUGUCUCUGGAAAGCAUUUGAAUCUUUCACUAGUGUAUGAGGCUAUGAGCUGUUAUUAACAUGGGAACGUGUACACAUCUGCUAGUAGGUGAGUUCACAUAUGUUGUAGAAAUCAGCAGGAUGAUCAUUGUCCAUGAAAAUUCUUGUUACUGGAAGAAAACUCAAUAAACCAGGUUUGGUUCAUCCUUUUUUCU